UUUAUGAGCAGACAUUUCUUAUAUAACUGCAGCCAACCAAUCCUGGAUGUGAAGAUAGCCUUUUGUCAGGGUUUUGGAAAACAAGUGGAUGUGUCAUAUAUUGCCAAACAUUACAACAUGAGUAAAAGCAAAGUGGACAACCAGUUCUACAGUGUGGAAGUGGGAGACUCCACCUUCACAGUUUUAAAACGCUACCAGAAUUUAAAGCCCAUUGGCUCUGGAGCUCAGGGAAUUGUCUGUGCGGGCUACGAUGCUGUCCUGGACAGAAAUGUAGCCAUUAAGAAGCUGAGCAGACCCUUCCAGAACCAGACUCAUGCCAAGAGGGCAUACCGGGAGUUGGUGCUCAUGAAAUGUGUCAAUCACAAAAAUAUCAUCAGUUUAUUAAAUGUCUUCACACCACAGAAAUCAUUAGAGGAAUUCCAGGAUGUGUACCUAGUGAUGGAGCUGAUGGAUGCCAACUUGUGCCAGGUGAUUCAGAUGGAGCUUGACCAUGAGAGAAUGUCCUACCUGCUCUAUCAGAUGCUGUGUGGUAUCAAACAUCUGCACUCAGCAGGGAUUAUUCACAGGGACCUCAAACCAAGCAAUAUAGUGGUGAAGUCAGACUGCACUCUGAAGAUCCUGGACUUCGGUCUGGCCAGGACUGCAGGGACCAGUUUCAUGAUGACCCCUUAUGUGGUGACUAGAUACUACAGAGCCCCAGAGGUUAUCCUGGGCAUGGGAUACAAGGAGAAUGUGGAUAUAUGGUCGGUGGGGUGCAUUAUGGGAGAAAUGGUGCGCCACAAAAUCCUUUUCCCUGGGCGGGACUACAUCGAUCAAUGGAACAAGGUGAUUGAGCAGCUGGGCACACCUUUACCAGAGUUCAUGAAGAAGCUUCAGCCCACAGUGAGAAAUUAUGUGGAGAACCGGCCAAAGUAUGCAGGCCUCACCUUUCCCAAGCUCUUCCCUGACUGCCUUUUCCCUGCUGACUCUGAGCACAACAAACUCAAAGCUAGCCAAGCCAGAGACCUGCUGUCUAAGAUGCUGAUCAUUGACCCUUCUAAAAGGAUAUCGGUGGAUGAGGCCUUACAGCACCCCUACAUCAAUGUGUGGUAUGAUCCAGCUGAGGUGGAGGCGGCCAGAGAUCUCAUCCAAAUAUCCAUGCCUCCACCUCAGAUCUACGACAAGCAGCUGGAUGAAAGAGAACACUCAAUUGAUGAAUGGAAAGAACUAAUCUACAAAGAGGUGAUGAACUUUGAGGAGAGAACGAAGAAUGGCGUUGUGAAGGGACAACCUUCACCUUCAGGUGCAGCCGUGAACAGCAGCGAGAGCCUCCCUCCCUCCUCCUCCAUCAACGACAUCUCCUCCAUGUCCACCGACCAGACCCUGGCCUCAGACACUGACAGCAGCCUGGAGACCUCUGCAGGAGCCCUGGGGUGUUGCAGGUGA